AGCCGCCAGCCAGCAAACAACGUCUCCUUCCCGCUUGUCGCAUUAAUCGGAGCUUCGUUGCUCGCCCUCAAUUCCUCUUAUACAGUGCGGAGAUAUCUUGGACUUUAAUUUUAGAUUUACCCAUCGAUUCUCGGAUUGUUUAUGCUUCCGGCCCCGUGUCCAAGUGACCUUUGAUCGAAAUUCGCCUACUGAGGACUGAUUCCGUCUGAGAACGUGCGGACAUUACUACUCUUAGGAUCAUAGAAUCCCCGCGGUCUUUUGCAAUCACACACAUGAUACCGAUAAUUUGACAUCUGCUUUGAAGGUGUUUCGAGUCCUCUUUCGGUUUACUUCAACACCCGUCUAUUAAGAUAGUCGUUUUGAAACGGACGCGGUGCAGUUGUGUGAAGCUAGUUAGCUAUCGGCAGCAGGAAGAUGUCGGAACCAGCUCACCCGAAUCUCAACCUCACUCAGGAGGAAAAGCGGGUUUUCUUCCAGCUUUUCCAGGCGGCAGAUACCACCAAUAUCGGAGUUAUUACUGGCGAGCAUGCCGUACCAUUUUUCGAAAAGACCAAGCUUUCUCCUGACACUUUGGGGCUGAUAUGGCAACUAGCAGACAAGGAGAACCGUGGGCUUCUAACACCCUCCGGUUUCUCAAUAGUGUUGCGAUUGAUUGGACAUGCGCAAGCCGGCCAUUCUCCUACAGAAGAGCUAGCCCUGCAACCUGGUCCUCUACCUCGGUUUGAGGGCAUCUCCGUUAGCUCACCAUCUCGCCCAUCUACAGCAAGUCCUCCGCCAGCUGGGCAGGGAGGUCCUGUCAGAGUACCGCCAUUGAGUCCGGAAGAUGUGAACAAGUUUGGUUCGCUCUUUGAAAAAUCAGACACCCCGAACGGAGUAAUCUCAGGUGAGAUUGCGAAGCAGAUCUUUGAGCGUGCUCGACUACCCAAUGAUGUUUUGGGGAGAAUAUGGAACCUUUCCGACACAAAGCAGCGGGGUCAGCUGGACGCCACGGAAUUUGUCAUCGCGAUGCACCUUUUGACAUCUUACAAAACCGGCUCUAUGCGAGGAAUUCCAUCAUCGCUCCCUCCUGGGUUAUAUGAGGCGGCUUCGAAACGUGGUCUGGCUCGUACGCCAACUGGGCCUCGGACCGGCUCAGAUGUUCCACCAGUUCCAGCUAUCCCAACACAAUUUUCCGGAUCCCAGCGAACGCAAAGUCCAUUAAGCCGGCAGCAUUUUGCCUCUCCUCUUUCAGCGCACUCCACAGGUGCUGAUUGGUUGAUUACUCCACAAGAGAAGGCACAAUUCGACAAUAUUUUUGCGACUGUGGACACGGCGAAGGCUGGUAUUAUCAGCGGUGAUCAGGCCGUCACUUUUUUCACCAACGCUCAGUUACCAGAGGAUGUCUUGGCCCAGAUCUGGGAUCUCGCAGAUAUUGAUGCCGAUGGACAACUUACCAAAGAUGAAUUCGCAGUGGCUAUGUACUUAGUACGUCAGCAACGAAGUAGGAAAGAGCCAUUACCUACUGUCCUUCCACCGGCAUUGAUCCCUCCAAGCAUGCGCCGACAAGAGGCAGUACAGGCAAGGCCCGCAAUUGCUCCAGCUCCAGUUCCAGCUCCAGUUUCAGUUCCAGCUCCGCCAGCAUUACCGCGUUCAGCGGCUGAAGAUCUCUUUGGGCUUGACACUUUCACUGCACCGGCAUCUACUCAAUUUCCUCAGUCUACUGGAGGUUCCAACCCCGCAUUUCAGUCUCCUGGGUCUCCAUCUUCUCGGACUUCACAACAAGGACCACCCGUAUCCACCUUCAAGCCUUUUGUUCCUUCGUCCCAAUUCGGUCAAAGUCUCAAUCCACAAUUGACUGGUGCUGGAAGUACGGCAACGUCACCUCCACCUGCUUCUGAUGAUCUUUUGGGCGACAAUGACCCCGAAGAAUCUAAGAAGCUGACUCAGGAAACCACAGAACUAGCAAACUUGUCUAAUCAAAUUGGUUCUUUGUCAAAGGAAAUGCAGAACGUUCAAACACAGCGCGCAUCUGCCGAGCAGGAAUUCACGCAAUCAUCUCAACGGAAACGUGACUUUGAGGCGCGGUUAGCACAAGCUAGAGCAAUGUAUGAGAAGGAGGCGAAAGAUUAUAAGGCUCUGGAAGAGCGUUUGAAUGCGUCUCGCGCAGAGACAAAGAGGCUCGAGCAGGAUUAUGCACUCAUUGAAGGCAGUCGCCAAGACUUGCAGAAUCAGUUCAAUCAGGUUUCUGCUGCGCUUGCCACCGAUCAAAAUGAAAAUGCUACUUUAAAGGAGAAGAUACGUCAAGCCAAUGCUGCUGUCAGCCAGCUCAAACCCGCUUUGGAGAAGGCUCGUUCUGAAGCACGCCAGCAGAAGGGUUUGGUGGCAAUUAACAAAAAGCAAUUGGCAACUGUUGAGGGGGGGCGGGACAAGAUUCAAAGCGAGAUCGAGUCUGUGGCAAAAGAAAACCAAGAUGACGAAGAGCAUGCUCGGCCAGCUCUCAGCACGGCUGAUAUUACAAGCCCAGCUUUGUCCACUGCCAGUCAGCAAACCAAUCCCUUUUUCAGACGUACAACGACAGAAACGUCUGACAGGGCAGCUUCUCCUGCUUCUAACUCACAAUCUGCUUUUGAUAAUCUCUUUGGCCCAUCGUUUGCCAGUCCAUCAACAUCUACACCUCCACCUCAGACUUCAUUUGGUGCCGCCUCGCCUUUCGCACAACAAACACGAGAUGUUUCUAAAAGCCCCAAUACUUCUGGUUUACCGACUCCAUCCGUGUCCCCUCCUCCUCAAGCUACAUCUGAGCCACCUCCACUUCCUCAGUCCCGGCAGAUAACACCCAGUUUCCUCCCACUUGGCAAUGAAAACAAUGUGCAGUCAACUACAUCUUCCACAGCCGUCUCUCCACCGGCCAGUCGUUUUGGUGGACUAGAUACUUCCGAGGCUGGAACUCCUGCGCCUUCCGAAUCUGCAAGCGUAGCACGAGAUAUUGGUGCGCCUUCUCAUCUUGGAAAUGAAAUAUCUCAUGAACCUUCCCCUUUCGAUGAAGCUCCCAAAACACCUUCAGCCGAGGAAGAUGUGACCCCUUCUGCAGCCUCGGGACACCAUGAAUUUCAGCCCACCGCCGAAGAAUCUACAGGCAAGACAAGGGAGGAAAGUUUCGAUGAGCUUUUUGGCAAUGUUGGUCGUGAAAGAUCUAAGUCUCAAAAAGCCAAUGAUUUUGAGGAAGCAUUUGCUGGAAUGAAGCCGCGUAGUGGCGAGACGCCCAACGAUUCAGGGGAAUUCCCUCCAAUCAAGGAAUUUGAAGUCGACGAUGACGAUGACAGCACAGACAGUGAGGCGCCAAUGAAAUUCGAUGACGACUUUGCUCCAGUCUCUCCACAACAGAAGGAUGAACUCGUUAAUAAUGAGUCCAUCGAUUCAACACAGCUGCAAGCAUUCCCAGUUCCUGGUAGUAGCGUGACCGCUGAAAAACCGCCUUCCCCAGAUGCUCAGCGUUCACCUCCUAGUUAUGAUACAGCCGUGCCUAGCAUUCCUGGGAGUUUCCCUGCCAUAUUCGAUGGAUUAUUGCCUAGCAGGUCUGAUCCAACCCUAGCGCCAGAUGCACCCCAUGCGGUUGAGUCCUCUAGUGGUGCUCCGAUUGUCGCUGGAGAAGUUCAGAAGAAGUCAGGUGCCCCUGAUUUUGAUGCAGCUUUUGCCGGGCUUGAUCUAGCGCCUGCGAAAGAGGAAGACGAUUCAGAAGAUGAGGAUGAAGUAGAAUCUCACACUAAGAAGCAACCUAGUGAUUUUGAUUUCUCAUUUGAUUCUCCUUCGCAGUCGGCCAAGGCUACUUCAUCUUCCUCAACUCAACCUGCCGCACCCAGCAAGGCGGCAGCGGAUUUCUUCAACUUUGACAACAGCGUGGAUGCGUCAACAAACCAGGCUCCUGCAGAUGAGAAAGCUCCAACGAGUAACCAUGACUGGGAUACUAUAUUCGCCCCUCUUGGCAAUGGAAAGGCAUCUGAAGGUGGCAGCAAUGGGGUUCAUCCGUCUGACCCCCAGGCAGCCUCCGGAUCUGACAAGAAAAAGCCCGGCUGGGCGCUUUCCGCCGAUACUGGUGAAGAUGACUUGAUUUUGAAACGAUUGACCGGCAUGGGUUUUCCACGCGACGAGUCACUGGCUGCUUUGGAGAAGUUUGAUUACAAUAUUGAUAAGGCUGCCGAUUAUUUGAGUUCCAGAACCUGAAGCGUGGCAAAUGAUGUCUGUUGUAUAUAUACCGUUGUGAUCUGUUUCGUUCUCUACAUUUCUUUCUCUGUUACUUAUGAUUCCAUUGACACUUUGAUUUUCAAUAUCGCGGCAGUGCAUGGUCUGCAUUGUAUAUCAAAUAAAGCAUAUGCAUACUACUCGUGUUACCGGACUAGAUCCAGUGCGCCGCCUUACAUUCCUGCAGCGCUGUGCUUUCUCUUUUCUCAUCUGUGUUUGUCUUGUUUCUCACUAGUACAACAGUUCAUUUUCUGUAUGUAAUCAUCACAAUAAUACCUAGUACGAUUGAACAUAGUUGCUCUAAGUCUGGGUUGGCUCGCAGGUACUUAGCUAGUGAUGCGAUUUUCUGGAAUGACAACUGACCUUCGUAUUUAUGAAUUAUGUUUAAGA